GGCGCUGGGAGGGCAGCGAGGGGGCGAUGACGUCAGAAUUGCGUCACGUCCGUUGUCAGGUGGCGGAGGCUGUGGCGGAGGGAGAGCGAGCGAGUGGGACGGUGGCCGGCGGGGCCGGGGCCGGAGGAGGCCGAGAUGGAACUCAGAAUGAAGAGGCGUGUGUUUGACAGAGGAGGAGGGGAAACAUCCACCAAGGCGCUCUGCCCAGGCAUUUCCAGCAACAGCACCACCAAGCGGGCUGGACCCUUCAUUCUUGGGCCUCGUUUAGGCAACUCCCCGGUGCCAAGCAUUGUCCAGUGCUUAGCAAGAAAAGACGGGACAGAUGACUUCUACCAGCUCAAGAUCCUCACCUUAGAGGACAAGAGUGACAAAGCCACAGAAACCCAAGAAGAGCGUCAGGGGAAGAUGUUGCUUCAUACCGAGUACUCCUUGUUGUCCCUUCUGCACAACCAAGAUGGGGUGGUCCACCACCAUGGCCUUUUCCAGGACCGAGCCUGUGAGCUUGUGGAAGACCCUGAGUCCAACCGGAUGGUCCGGAAGAUGAAGAAGCGGAUCUGCCUGGUGCUGGACUGCCUCUGCGCCCACGACUUCAGCGACAAGACGGCCGACCUCAUCAACCUCCAGCAUUAUGUCAUCAAGGAGAAGCGCCUGAGCGAGCGGGAAACAGUUGUCAUCUUCUAUGAUGUGGUGCGGGUGGUGGAAGCCUUGCACAAGAAGAACAUUGUGCACAGAGACCUGAAGCUGGGGAACAUGGUGCUGAACAAAAGGACCCACCGGAUCACAAUCACCAACUUCUGCCUGGGGAAGCACCUGGUGAGUGAAGACGACCUGCUGAAGGACCAGCGUGGCAGCCCGGCCUACAUCAGCCCAGACGUCCUCAGCGGUCGGCCAUAUCGUGGGAAGCCCAGCGACAUGUGGGCAUUGGGGGUGGUCCUAUUCACCAAGCUCUAUGGGCAGUUCCCUUUCUAUGACAGCAUCCCCCAGGAGCUCUUCCGCAAGAUCAAGGCUGCCGAAUACACCAUCCCAGAAGAUGGACGGGUGUCAGAAAACACAGUGUGCUUGAUCCGGAAGCUGUUGGUCUUGGACCCCCAGCAGCGAUUGACGGCCUCGGAAGUGCUUGACUCCCUGAGUUCCAUCAUUGCUUCUUGGCAGUCCUUGUCUUCACUGAGUGGGCCUUUGCAGGUGGUGCCAGAUAUAGAUGACCAGGUGGGAAAUCCAGAAAAUGCGCACGAGGCCAAAGUGACUGAAGAAUGCUCCCAGUAUGAAUUCGAGAACUACAUGAGGCAACAGCUGCUGCUGGCGGAGGAGAAGAACACCCUCCACGAGGCCAAGGGCUUCCUCCAGAAGCGGCAGUUUGGCAACAUCCCCCCUGUGCGGCGCCUUGGGCAUGAUGCACAGCCCAUGAACCCCCUCGAUGCCGCCAUUCUAGCACAGCACUACCUUCGGAAGUAGCCGCAUCGCCAGGCCAGAACCCUCUUCCAAGGAUGCCACCUGCCCUGACUGCCGCCACCUCCUGGGACCCCUGAGAAUGUAGCAAGUCUUCCCCUGCACUCCAAGACCCCCGACGGGUCUCGCCUGCUGGGGUUGGUGCAUCCCACCAUCACCCUCCGCCCCAAGGGGCAGAGAGAGAAGACAACUCUUUGGGGGUCAGGAGGGGAGAACAGCUGGGCAGAUGUUUAACUCUCCCCCUAGACAGCUGAUCUGCUUUUAAUCAUGACUCUGAAAUCUACCUCUCUGUCUUUUUUAACCACACUGUUCUCUGGACUGGAAGGACAAGUGCUUCAGGUGGGAAGGUUUGCUCCAGUGGGGCCGCUUUCCUGGCGCAAGCGGUUGAACUGCAGACACACACAUAUGCGCACCCUGCAGUUUGCGUUUCGCCCCCCCUACGGUUUGAAUAAGCUUCAUUCUUUCCCCUUCCUUUUCUUUCCCUCUGGGUUUCACUAAAGAAAAUCUGUUUCUUAAACCCUCUUCCAUUCUGCACCCUCUUACCCCCAAAGCCUCCUUCUGUUGGUUCAGUUUUUAAUUUAACGCCUGGUUUGGAUAUAAUUUGCGCAAGCGUCAAUUUGAGACACCAGAGACUCAGGUGAACAGAAUCGAAUUGUGAGAUGCAGGAAGAGUUUUUCCAACCAGAAGCUAUUUAAAAUGUAGCUCUUUUUUUCCCUCCUCAUUUUUUGAGAGGUUGUUUUUCUUCUUUUCUGGAGGUGCAAACCUCUCGGUUCUAAUUGUUUUGGAUUUCCUGGGGUUUCUUCUUUUAUUUUUUCCUCCCCCAAUUGGUAGCUUGCGAGGGUUGUGGUAUUGUUGCGUUAAUUCUGUUGAUGUCUCUCUUGCCCUCUUCCCCACAGUGGCACAGCUGGAGAGAUAGAACUGUGAUAAUGUGAAAAGGUAUUUUGUCCUCCUCCUCUUCUCUCCCGUUCCCACCAUUUCCCCCACCCUCACCCCAGUUACCAGCAAGUCAGGUUCAAGAAGAGUUGCUAAGCCUUUGUGGGCUCUUUGCGUCGUCUUGCCAUUGUCUCAUCACAGCACUUACCUGCACAACCGGGGCACUUUGGGCAAAGAUCUUCCAAAGGCCAGGUUGCACCGAGAAUGGACCGGAUCAUUUCUGAGCCACGUUCCUCGAACUGGAUGCCUCUCUUGCCAGAUUUAAGCCAAUUCUCGAGCAACCUUUUCCGGAUCAUCUUACCCCAGCCUCCUCUCUUACCUGUGCUUGCUUCCCCAGUACCAUCGCUGGCAUAAGGUUUGGCUUCUCUUUUCCCCGGGACAGAAGCAUUGGUCAAAGUGAUAGCAAAGAGCGAGUGAUACCGACAUGGUCAUGUCUCAUACUGGAGCCGUUUGAACCCACAUUGCUAGCGGAGAUAAGAAGUUGGGCAUGGACAGCCCAAAGCCCUAUUUGCAGUAGGAGGAAGUUUUUCCUGAGGAAAUGCAUUUCCACGGUUGUAGAAAGAAAUGCAAGCACAGAUUUCGGCCCCUAAAAUCUGUUUUAGGAAUGCUUUCCUGCUUAUAGGAGAAGGUGGAAGGAUUUUGAAAUUUCAAACUUUGGAAAUCUUUGUUGUUUUUGUGGCCAAUGCGCAAGGCCUCUUUAAAGCCCUCUGCAAGGCGUUUCCAUGGAGCUGGAUGUGGGGCAGAACAUGCAUUAUCUCCACUUUGGAAACACCAGGCAGGGAAUGAACAAGGAUCUAGAUGGUCUUUCUCACAUGAGGCAGAGGAUCUGCUGUGACUCUGGACCACUAUUGCCCACCUUCCAUGCAGUCUUAGGCCUUCAGCAUCAGUGAGUCAGUGGUCCUCCUGAAGCUUCAUCCUUGGCCAUUUCACCUCUCAGGCAGAAGUUGAACAUGAAAAGGCUACCAGAAAGGCAGAAGACCAAGGCGGUGGUGCAUUUAGCCUCAGGGCUCCCAGCUAAGAGCCUCCACCAUUAACACCCAAACUCCUUUCCAGGUGGGAUAGAGUGAUGGGGUCCUUUUGUUUUCUCAGGGCUCAGCUUCUGGAGUUACCACUUACAAUGCCCAGAACAUUUGGCAGGAAUGGAAAGAAUCCCUUGAGUGGGGAAGGCAUAUCCUCCCCACUCCAGAAAUGAGUUGUGACCCUUGUCGGCUUGUGGCUUGGACGUCCUCAUGAAGCUUUGUAGAGGGGUCUACUCUACAGUUUUACAAUGGAGGCAUCGCCUUGGAUUGAUGUUGGGCUGCAAGGAGCUGGUUUUACUCUGCGCAUUUUCUUAAUGAGAGUAGAAGUAAUACAUCAGCGGCUGAAAGCAUCCAGUGCAGGAGGAGGUCUCUGUUGCCCUUCCUAAAUGCAUCCCUCAAGGGUUGCAUUUCUCUCCAUCCCUGCCUCCUGUCCCAUUUUUCCUUCCCCAAUGUAGCUGGAUUUGUGUCCGUAUCGGUCCCCAUCCCAAACUCCGAAUAAAGAUAGCGAUACGCUGGCGGCAGCGCUAGAGCUGAGAGCGUUCCAGCCCUUCUCUUGCAUUGUGAUGCAACAGAAAAAAACUGGAUGAAGAUGGAAAGGAAGAAGGAAAUUUGGGGUGGGAGAUUAGUGGGGAGGCACGUCGGUGUGAGAUUUCUGCUUUGGGUAGAUUGCAGGCUGAUAUGUGAGGAACCAGAGACAAAAAAGAUCCUGUUGUAAAAAUGAUAAUAAUAAUAAAUUGCAAAGAGAAUUUGUAUAGAGACCUAUUUUUGUAUUACAUCCAACUUAUUCCUGCAUGUCAGCAAUAAAGAUUUCAUAACGUAGAA